ACUAACAGCCAGUCCUACUGCUUAUAGCACCACGGGUUAUAGUGCAUGUGACAGCCAACACUACCCUACAGCCAGUAGUGACAGCCAGAUCACAGAUGUGCCCACAAUACAGUCCCCCCUAGUAGCAGCAGUGUCAGGUGUUGGGGAUCAAGCAAUGACCAGAACUUAUCUGCAGCUCCAGUAUUUUCUGUAGUUUGCCAAUCUGUGGCUGAACUUGGGAUUGUUACCAUAGUAGAGUUUAUGGCUCCCCUCCUGGAACAUGAAAACCAAAUCUUCCUUGAUUUGUUUCAUGAGGAUGGACUUGUCAUCACUGCACGGGGACUUGGCAUUGAUCGGAUCCUUCAGAACUUCCUGAAAAUUUAUUGUGAUCCUGGGAACCUUGUUCUGGUGCUAAAUACCAAUACAGCAGAAGAGGAGUAUCUUAUUGAACAGCUGAGAUCUGAAGGCGUUACUCAUUUGCCGCGCAUUAUCACCAAUGAAAUUGGCAGUAGUGACCGCUAUGAUGUGUACACACAGGGUGGUGUAUUGUUUGUCACUAGUCGCAUCCUCGUGGUUGAUUUUCUCACUGAUAGGAUUCCUGCCAACCUAAUAACUGGUAUCCUCGUGUACAAGGCACACAAGAUCAUAGAGUCAUGCCAGGAAGCCUUUAUACUGCGCCUGUACAGGCAGAAGAACAAACAGGGCUUCAUCAAAGCCUUCACAGACAAUGCAGUCGCUUUUCACACAGGCUUCUGUCAGGUAGAGCGAGUAAUGAGAAAUCUGUUUGUCAGAAAACUGUAUUUAUGGCCAAGGUUUCAUGUGUCUGUGAAUUCCUUCUUGGAGAAGCACAAGCCUGAAGUAGUGGAGCUGCACAUCACAAUGACUCCCGCCAUGCUUGCCAUACAAGCCUCUAUAUUGGACAUAAUGAACGCUUGCUUGAGAGAGCUCAAACGCUACAAUCCUGCCCUUGAAGUUGAAGAUCUGUCCUUAGAGAAUGCCAUUGGCCGGGCCUUUGAUAAGACAAUUCGACAUUACUUGGAUCCACUCUGGCACCAGCUUGGAGCAAAGACCAAAUCGCUGGUUCAAGAUUUAAAAAUCCUCCGCACUCUUUUACAAUACCUGUCCCAAUAUGACUGUGUGACUUUCCUGAACUUGCUGGAGUCAAUGAGAGCAAGUGAAAAGGCAUUUGGACAAAACUCGGGUUGGCUGUUUCUUGACUCAAGCACAUCCAUGUUUGUUCAUGCACGAGCCAGGGUCUAUAACAUUCCCGACUCAAAAGCAAUCAAAAAAUCCAAGACUACAGAAUCCAAAGAUAAGCAAGAUGGAAAGAAAGAGCUGGUUCUAGAAAGCAACCCAAAAUGGGAAGCAUUGAGCGUUGUGCUGAAAGAGAUUGAAACUGAGAACAAGGACAGUGAGGCUCUGGAUGGUCCAGGCCGUGUGCUGAUUUGUGCCAGUGAUGAUCGGACCUGCGCACAGCUGAGAGAGUAUAUUGCAGUGGGGUCUGAGGCGCUGCUAAUGAGGCUGUACAACAAAACCUUUGGAAAGGAUGAAAAAGCAGCUGAAGCGUGGCUAAAAAACAGAAAAGCCGUCAGAAAUAAGGAAUCUGCCAAGAGUGGGAAAAGCUCUUGGGUGAAAAAGGUUAAAGAAGGGUCAAGCAAGCAGAAGAAGAACGUCAAGAAAACUGAACUGACUUUAACACAAAUGAUGGGAAAAUCAGAGGAAGACGAUGUUGUGAAAGAUCAGGAAGAGAACAAAGAUGAAAAUAUUAGCAUUGAGAGUAGCAUGGAGGAGCCAAAAUAUGAAGACCUCCAACUGAAUUUGCCUUCAGACUCUUAUUAUGGUAUCAUGAAAGAGCCCUUGACUGUUAUCCACCCAUUGCAAGGUUGCAGCGACCCCUACGGUCUAACCAGGGUACUGCAUGAAGUCGAUCCAAGAUAUGUAGUCUUGUAUGAUACAGAGCUUAGCUUUGUUCGGCAGCUUGAAAUAUACCGGGCCAGCAAGCAGAAAACUAUGAGGGUAUAUUUCCUUAUCUAUGGGGGCUCCACAGAAGAACAAAGAUAUCUCACUUCUCUCAGGAAGGAAAAAGAAGCGUUUGAGCAGCUGAUUAGAGAGAAGGCCAGCAUGGUUGUCCCUGAGGAACGAGAAGGGAGAGAUGACACAAACCUGGAUCUGCAGAGAGACGUAACUCCUACUUCCGCCUCCCCUGACACACGGAAAGCCGGAGGCCAGCAGCAGAAAAACGUGCAGCACAACAUCAUCGUCGACAUGCGUGAAUUUCGGAGUGAGCUGCCAUCUCUGAUCCACAGGCGCGGUAUUGACAUUGAACCUGUUACGCUAGAGGUGGGAGAUUAUAUCCUGACCCCGGAUAUAUGUGUGGAAAGGAAAAGCGUGAGUGACUUGAUUGGUUCACUCAACAAUGGACGUCUCUACACUCAGUGUGUAUCCAUGUGCCGCUACUACAAGCGGCCUAUUCUUCUAAUUGAGUUUGACCCCAAUAAGCCAUUUUCUCUCACUGCACGAAGUUUAAUCCACCAGGAGAUUUCUGUGAAUGACAUCACUUCAAAAAUCACCCUCCUUACACUUCACUUUCCAAGACUGCGCAUUCUCUGGUGCCCAUCACCUUAUGCCACCGCAGAGCUGUUUGAGGAGCUAAAGCAGAACAGGCCACAGCCUGAUGCUGCAACCGCCAUGGCUAUUACUGUCGACUCGGAAACCGUCCCAGAAUCCGAGAAAUAUAAUCCAGGCCCUCAGGACUUCCUUCUGAAAAUGCCAGGGGUCAAUGCCAAAAAUUGUAGAGCCAUAAUGAAUCAUAUAAAGAACAUUGCAGAGCUGACAACGCUAUCUCUAGAGAAACUGUCUGAGAUUCUUGGAAACUCCAAUGCUGCAAAACAACUUUAUGAUUUCAUUCACACCUCUUACACCGAGGCAGUCUCCCAGGGGAAAGCAAAACGUUGAUGUGUCACAUUUUAUUUAUUAAACAAAAUAUUUGUUUUGUCUAAAAAAAAAAAUGUAAAUGGGACAUUUUCUCAUUUUUUAUGAACUGCAAGCUACUAUGAAAUUUCUGUGUUCCGAGUAUGAUGGCUUAUGUUGUGUUUAGAACCUAAUGCAGAAUGGAAUGGUUAUUGGGAUGUUCUUUUUAAAUAAUCCAGUGGAAUUAGAGACAUGUCAUUAUAAUGGGGCAAAAAAAUCAGCCGCCUAAUAAAUAAUAUUAAUAAUAAAUAAAAAAAAUAAUGUAACUGUGUACUUCCACUUGAUGUGCACAGCAUUUUUAUAUCAUUGGGAAAACAUCACAAGAAUAAAGCCCAGCCAUUAGUUUCCAACAUCAAUUUUUAGAAGGGAGGAACAGUAUGUUUGUCAAGUUUAAUGAGCGCACUCAUACACUAAAUUUUCCUUGCUCAAUUGUGCCUUGUUUAGGGAAUCAUGGGGCAGAUGUAUUAACCUGGAGAAGGCAUAAGGA